AUGGCGCGCGACCGGAGCAGUAAUAACGGCAUCAUCACCCGCCGCCGAAUCGACAGAGAACCCCGUUCCCGGUCAGGCUGCCUGACCUGCCGCGCCCGCCACAAGCGCUGCGACCAACGCAUGCCCUCGUGCAGCAACUGCAACCGUCUGAACCUGAAGUGCGAGGGCUACAAGUCCGUGCUGCGCUGGCAAGCCCGCACGAUGCAGUCCGUCAACAUCCCGGAUUCGACCUACCGGUCUGUGCGGUACAUUGUCUUUGGACAGGCGGACUACCGCGACUACAGCGAGGAGGUCGAGACGCUCUUGGAUCUGUAUUCGCAGAUGGAUCUGUUGCCUGAUGAGCAGGAGCAGCACACGCAUCAAGUCCAGCAGCACAUUGGAUCGGACUACAUGCCCUGCCACGCCGUCAAGGACGACUACUCCUCCCCCGGCACCAUCCCCCUCGCGACUCCAGACCUAGCCUACUUCAGCGCCUUCGAAGACAGUCCCAGCGGUCUCAUCUCCCCUCCUGCCGCGAUCGACAACAGCAGCAGCAUGCUAGACCACUCCGACCUCAUCUAUCUCCCUGACGCCGCCAUGCCAGCUACCGCCCCAGCACCAGCAGCGGCGGGGAAGUACGAGCCGUGCUGGUUGGCGGCGCUGAAUGGGGCUGCGGUGGACGGCAUGUUGACGGAGUAUGCGGAUCAUCAGAUGGAGGUUAUGAUGCCGAUGGCGAAUCCUGAUUUCACUGCCGUGACUUAUAUAUAA